GUACUCGCGCAUCCGUCGAAAUCGAGUUUGGUUACGCGUGACUUUCGUUUCCAAAGUGGAGUCUGGCUUGGAAGUGGGCUAAACCUCGCUGGGUUAACUGGGAACUCUUCCCGUCGCCCUCCCCUGCCGCUGACGUUACGCACUCCGCCGUGGCGUGCCCGCGAGCUCAGUAACAUGGAGUCAUCCGCCUGGCAUCUCCGAGAAAUCUCUGAAAAAGAACAGAGGUCCUAAUAAAAGGAGCAAGUUUGUCCACGGGAACCGUCGAAGCCUCCCCCUCCUCCAGGAAGCAUCGUUAGCGGGGCAGAGCUCCAGCUUCGUGUGGGAACCAUGACGAGCUAAGACGGCCAGUUCUCCCUGCGACCCGCGAGGAGCUAGGCCGACUGCGGAAGCGGAGGUGGUACAAUGUAGACAGGCUGGUCGUCAGUGGGACUCCAUAAAGUUCUCUGGGGGGAACAUGGAGCCAGAUGGGCAAUCCGUAACCCCAGGGACCAACCAUGGACUCCCAUCCAUAAGCUCAGCACAAGAUCUGUUCACCCCCACCUUCCUCAACUGCAGCAUAGGGUCGCUGUGUUCUCCAAAUUCGGGUGACAACCCAGUGUCUGCAAAAUGGAUAUGGGACGUGCCGGGAGAGGAGGGCCUGGAUCAGAGCGAGGGCUCUCAACCUACUACAGAAUUGCCAAGGGGAACACAGAGGAAGUUCAAAUUUUCCACCUUUCCUACCUCCCUCAGCUGGGACUCUGACUCAGAGAAAGAAACUCUUGAUGAGGAGGAGCUCCAGAACUUUUCUAACCCUCACGGUCUGGCUGUUCACAGUCCAGGAUCUCCCUCAUUUGGAUUCAGGCUUGAUAGUGAAGAUGACCAAGAAUGUGGGAAGCUGCAUCACUUUCAUUGUAAGACUGAAACAAAUAUUGCUGAGGGAGGGCAUGGUGGCAGUAAUGAGAGCACAAUGGCAGAGGAGCCAAAUACAUCUCAGCUUGGCCAACAGGAAUUGGCAGAAAGCAGAAUGUGCACUGUAUCGGAGAGCGCUGAGCCAUUUUUGUUCAACAUAAAACUGAAGGAUGGUUGCCAAAGGAAGGAUGAAGCCAGGAACAGCAAGGGUGAGAAGAGGCCCAAGGAUAAAGAAAGUAAGGAGUAUGAGAAAGAUGUUUACACCUUCCCUGGAGACUCGGACCCCGAGAGCCCUCCCCCUGCUCCCUGGGCUCACUGCACUUUUAUUCAGCAGUGCAGAAAGAAGAGAGUGUUGCUCAGGCCCUUUUCUGGACUCAGCACCUUGAAGCGCACAUCACCAGAGGCUGGCAAACCAGCAGCACCCAGCCCUCAGAACUCUAACUCAAAUGAGGCAGCACAACAGAAUCCAGGGGGAGGGGUUUAUGAUUUUAAGGAUGACAGCACUGAAGAGAUGAUCAAGUUCAGAGGAAAUGCUGAGAAAAGAGAUGCAGAAGAAGAAGACGGUGAGAUGGAGUCAGCAGCAGAAAUAUUCACCUGUGUGGAGUGUAGCAUUUACUUCAAGAAGCAGGCCCACCUGCAGGAGCACAUGGCUGAGCACUGUCAGGUUGGUGCAGGUGGAAGAAGGCGUUUAAAGGGCAGCAAACUGCUGUGCAACGAGUGUGGAUGGAGAUUGCCGAACCAUCUGGCACUGGAUGACCACCAAAGAAAGCAUCAGCAGUCCCGUCUGAAGAUCCUUGAGGAGAUUGAAAAACUGAAUGAUAACGAAACGCCAAAAGACAUCCAGUCACUAGAUGGUAGAGAGCAGAUACAUUCUGACCCCACUGUGUCACAACACUCUUUCCAGGACACGAGUGAAACGUCAGGCCCUAAGACAACUGCUUCUCUGGCCUCAGUUUCAGCAGUUGCAGACCUCGAUUCAGCUCCUCAAAACCCAGGUCAAACCUUGGCUCAGACUCGGAACAUCUCAAGCUGCCAUCGGCGAUUUGUCUGCGCCGAGUGUAACUUCAGCACCAAAACGUCCCAAGCUCUGGCUAAUCACUCCAAGACUCACAACAGGAAAAACCUGUCUCAUGGUUCACUGUUAAACUUUACUUCCACCUCGCCGGAAAAGAGUCACUGUGCCUUUCUGACCACAGAUCAGACCACGCUAAGGAAACUCCAAACACUUGUCCUCCCAGAACGGGUGUCCACCGUUAGAGCCACUGAGACUAGAUUAUCUUCAAAAUCUAACCUGCGUGCACAAAUCUCAAAAAAAAAAAUCAUCUUUGAGUCUGGAUGUCAAAAUGAAGCAAAUCAAACAAUCACUGCCUCAGAGGAUGGCACACCUGAUGAUGCUGCAACUCAACCGGGCUUUAAGUGUGAUGCGAGACUCGGCACAGAAGAGAAGACUUGUAGUAAUGUAACGGAUCCGGAGGUGGGUGAACAGGGGCGGCCAGGGAAUCGAGGGGAAGAGCAGGAAGAAAAUCACCGCAGUCAGGCUAAUAUAUCCCAGCAAGAGGCAAACACAUGCGAGGGAGGGAAUUCGAUCACCAGAACCCAACCCAUCACUGGUAAUACUUCACAAUGGCAGAAUGCUACAUCGCCUUCUCUUGCUAAACAUGAUGGAAUUGAAGAGGACAAAGGGGACGCAAAGAAAGAUCUAAAAGUUUUCUGUUUACGAAGGAGCAGCAGGAUUUCUGCUGCUUCUGUGCAAACUGACAUCGACGAUGAUGAGGAUGAUACUACUGAUGAGGACGAGGAUGUUGAUGAAGAACAUACGGCUUGUUUCCUACCAGAUGACUUUUUAGAUGAAGACAUAGAUGAGAUUGAUGAUGACUCAGAGGUGCUGAAGAGCAUAGAGAGAAAAUGUCCAUACUGCCCCGAUCGAUUUCAUAAUGGGAUCGGUCUUGCCAACCAUGUGAGAGGCCACUUGAACAGGGUGGGUGUCAGCUACAACGUACGCCACUUCAUAUCCCCUGAGGAAGUCAAUGAAAUUGAGAAGACGUUUUUCUACCAGAAGAAGAAAAAAAAAGUGGCCAACUUUGACCCGGACACAUUCAGCGUGAUGUACUGCGAGUUCUGCAGGGCUGGCUUUGACACCCGUGCUGGCCUGUCCAGCCAUGCCCGGGCUCACCUUCGUGAUUUUGGUAUCACUAACUGGGACGUCACCAUUUCACCCAUUCACAUUAUGAGGGAGCUGUUCUCCAGAAGGCCAGACCUAGUGAUCCCCAUGGGCCCCCCUCGGAGUCACUGCAGUUCUGUAGAUGAGGAGGGAGAUCUCAGUGAUGAUGAUGAUGAGAAGGACUCUAAAGACAGAGGAAUAAUCCAGGUUAAACUUGAAGGGGAGACAAGCAAACGGAGUGUUAAUGUUUCCGAUUCUGGGGUCCUGCCUGCAGCAAGUCAUCAGCUCUUUAAAAAGUCUGAAGAUGGUGAAGAUGGUAAAGGUGAUGACGAGGAAGCAGCUGAGGAAGAAGAUGAGGAGGAGGUGCACCUGUCAGCUCAAGAUGGUCUGAGCUCCAGCCUUGAAGAAACGGAUGGCCUCCCUCCUCAAGAGGAUGCCAACACUAAGGUGCAGAGUUUGAAGUGUGAAGUAUGUAACUCCCAAUUUGGAAGUAAGCGUGGUCUGUCCAUCCAUGCUCGAGCUCACCUGCGCCAGUUGGGUAUCACCGUCUCGGAGAACAGUGGGCCGUCUGUGGAAAUACUCUACAAAAUCGCCAAGGAACGUAGCAUAGAUGGGAAAAUCAGCCCCUCCUUUUUGAAGCAAGUCAAAAAGAAGAACCCCUCCCAAUCUGUCCCCGUGAAAAAUGAGGGGCUAGAAGAAAUGGACUUGAAUGAGGAACCCAUUCAUCACCCCAGCCUGGCCAAACCAGCAACAGCAGCGUUGCCACCCUCUUCUUCCUCCACACCUACACCUUCCCCUGGUGCCUCUCCAGCUCCAUCUCAUUCUGGCUCACCUUCCUCAGUAGUGAAGAAAGUCCCUAUUUCUUCUCUACUUCCUGUGUCUUCCCCCUUGCGCUCCCCUGAGCACAAGGUUGGGGGAAUAAAAAGCAUGGCUUCUAACCUUUCUGCUGUAUCAACAAUCUCAACAGCCAAACCACUCUGGGCACCACAGGAGAACGAUGCCCCUCUAAACCUCACACUGGAGGCAGACGCUGAUAAGGACAAUGUUUGCCAGCUGUGUGGUGCCUGGUUUGAGACACGCAAAGGCCUUUCCAGCCAUGCUCGAGCCCACCUGCGACACUUUGGUGUAGAAUACUCUGAGUCCAAAGGAUCCCCCAUCAACCUCCUCAAUCAGUUUAUGGGUACUGAUGACUUCAAGCACAAAGCUAGCUCUCUGGAGCUGGACAGUCCCACAGAACCACAGGAUGUAACUGCAACUCUCCCCUCAUCAAAGCAGUCCCUGCUCACAAUAUCGUCCUCUUCAUCUUCAUCCCAUCCGUACAAGGUGACUACAGCUGGGAGUGGGUCAAUACUCAAAGCUACCUCUUCCUCUGCCUCGUCUUUACCAGGCCAACCUGUCAAGCGUCUUAAGGCCUCUUCCAUGAAGGUCUUCCGCCUCAGUAGUGGCGAGCUUAUGGCCCUUCCGAACAAUGAACCUCCAAAGGAAAUAGGCUGUGAGUACUGUGGGGAGUAUUUUGAGAACCGCAAGGGACUCUCCAGCCAUGCACGUUCCCACCUUCGCCAAAUGGGUAUUACUGAGUGGUCUGUAAAUGGUUCACCAAUUGACACCCUGCGAGAGGUCAUCACAAGGCGAGGCCUGCCUUGUGCACUUCCUCUAAAACCUCACAAAACACCACCAUCUUCUCCAGGACCCCCUCGUUCUCCUCUUUCAGCCUCCUCAUCGCCCUCAGGUACCCUCCUUGGCCGCCUGCCAUUCGCCUUUACACGACCCUCCAGUCCUCCUCAGUUGGCAUCAUCCAAGUCCAGCUCAGCUUCUUUGACAUCUUUCAGUAGCCUGACACUGAAGCCGAAGCCUGAGCCGGUGCAGCUGGAGGUCACCAUACCAGGAGUUGUUGGGAGAUCUGGAGGUUUUCCUGCUGAGCCUCUAAGCUCAAGCUGGAGCAGUUCUGACAAUGUUUUCCCUCUCAACUUGGCCAUGUCCCAUGAAGUGGAGCCUACAAGAGACAUUCGUUGUGAGUUUUGUGGGGAAUAUUUUGAGAAUCGUAAAGGUCUUUCCAGUCAUGCCCGCUCUCACCUACGUCAAAUGGGCAUCACACAGUGGUCAGUCAAUGGUUCACCCAUUGACACCCUGAGGGAGAUCAUGAAGAAAAAAGGGACAGGUGGCUCAUCCCAGUCCAACCAGGUUGUGAAGAAAGAGUUCAGCCAUGGAGACAUCAGUCCAUUCUGGGAAAAAGUGGGUGGUGCCAGCAACUCGAAGAGUUUGGGUGUUUCAGGUUACCAAUUCUCCAAAUUCCGUAAAUCUCCCCUCAGUUUAGUGCAGUCUGGAUCAAAGUAUCGUAAGCAGAGUGUAGGGGGUGUAGGUGCAUCUUCUCCCCAAUCGACAGGCAAAUUUUUCAGGGUGUCCCCACUUGGCAAAAGGCCUUUAUCAGAGUGCACCCAAUCAGAAGAGUCUGCCAGCUCAUCUACACAUCGACUUAAGACUCUCUCAUCACUUCCACAUGACUUCUCCAUUAAAAGAAAGCCAUCACCAGACAAGCAUGCACACCAGGACCCCAGCUGUGAGCUCUGUGGUUUCUACUUCGAAAACCGUAAGGCUUUAGCAAGCCACGCACGCGCCCACCUGAGGCAGUUUGGUGUGACUGAGUGGUCUGUAAAUGGGUCUCCCAUUGAGACGCUGAGUGCUUGGAUGCGCAGCAGGCCACAGAAGGUGCUGGAGAUGCACCGGAACUACAUGCAGGGCAGUCGCUCUACCCUUAAGAAGAAGGCCCACUCCUCCUCUUCCUCUCAGUGGUCUUCCUCUUUGGCAAGCCUGGUUCGGCCACAAAGCCACGACAUCAGUCGGGGUCCUUCUGACAUUGCGGAGGACAAAUCGGCUGCAAAUCGGCCUGGUCGCAGCAGUCCCAGCUUCUCACGCCUCAGCGGGAUUCUCCCCCUUCAAGCACAGGUGGCUCGCAGUGAGCUGAAUGUCCGUCUGCCAAGAGGAUUUGAGCGUCGACCUUUGAAGCACCCAUCUUGUCCAGAUGGAACAGAGACGGAAAGUGGCAUUCCAAAAAGCCCACGCACGGGCACCAUAGCCGCCCUGGUUCCCAAGCCACCAUCAUAUCCACUGGUCAAACUGGUGGGCAAGUUCUACACCCUGAAGUGCCGGUUCUGCGAGGUGGAGUUCCAUGGUCCUCUGUCAGUGCAGGAGGAAUGGAUCAGACACCUCCAGCAGCACAUCCUUAAAAUGAACUACAAGACAGCUGCUACCAGGGCAGACACUACAGAGUCCCACGCCCAGGUUGACAACCUGGUCCAGGCCCAGCCCCCUGCCUCAGCUUCCACCCCUACCUCCAGGACCACCCCCACCCACUCCACAGCUCCCAGCAGCCAUUCCCCCACGCCUCUGGCCAAGUGUGCUGCCACCAUAGCUGCACCUGAGAUAGUGCAGGCCUCAGAGGAGCAGACCACCAUACUACCACCUCCUAUUCCUCCCCCCUCUCAGAUUGCUUAAGCUCUUCACUCCUGAUCAUGAUUAGAUAUUUUGCUUCUCCAAAAGCGACUUGUCCUCCUGUUUGUUUUCUCUGACCGUUGCCAAGUGUCAUUUGGGAGGAUCAUCCUUCAUCUACAGAGCCCUCUGAUCCCCAAGCACCUUUGAAGCAGCUCUAGACUGUUUAUACGUCCCGUUGCCUUGAGAGCGGUGAUCUCUUGGCCUGUCUGUGGGCUCAGACCAUGUGACUAAGAACUGUUUGAGGUUAUGAGGAGAGAUGAAAUAAUGUUUUGUGUUUGCCUUGUUUUUACUGAAUGUUCAUACGUUAUUAUACCUCUCCAUUCAGUGGGAGUUUACAACUAACCCUUUACUAAACUUUAACGGGCCCAUCUACUAAAGCUCUCCCCGACCUUUCUCCCCAUGAGUAAGACUUGUGAGGAUGUGAUGCUGUUGCCAGCAUACUGGUAGUUUUAGCAUCAUUCCUGGCUGAGAUUCGAGACAUCUUUAAUUCUUAGUCUCAUGGUUGAGACUUUAAAUGUUUAACACUUAGUGUGAAAAGGCACUUUUUGAAAGUGUGACAUUAUCACUUAGCACUUAACAAAAGGCCAUUCAGAUGGUUUAAUGUGGACUGACUCAGACUUAUUCCAGUUGGAGCAAGAAGCACAUUCAGAAACGGAAAAUCCUGCAACGCUGUUCCCAAAGUAUAAAAAUAUUCAGCUUGAGAGUUGCUUGAAGCACCUGUUAGUACACAUGUCGACUUGAUCAGACUUUACUCUUGCAGCUGCAAAGCCACUGAUGGUUGCGCCUGAUGUUUCUACUGGACCACAGAUAUGGGUGCUGUUGGGUUAAAUGCUGGUUACACAUUGAUGUUUUGCUUGUUUGUUUUUAUUUUGUUCACAGCAACCAUUUUCUUCCUGCCUUAUUCCAACGUAGCCUAAAUAACUUAUUUAAUCAUUAUUAUUUUUGCACCUUAAUGUGGGAAAUCUGUUCCUUUUGAAGUGAAGUGGACUAUUUUGUAAAAGGUAAUAGGUACAUGUGUGUAUGUUUUCAUAGAAAGUCUGUCCCCAUUUUUAAGCGAGGAAUGGAAGGCGUACCUUUAGCUUGAGUUAUCUGCAGACAUUUGUCAUUGUGUGUGAGAUGUGCCAAGAAGUCCGUUCACUUUCUCAUCCUGCCCCUGUAAAAGCUGUUUACACUGCACCUGAUGGUGGAGAAAGCUACCACAUAACUAAACCAUUUCCUGAAUCGUGUCAGUGGUCCUGGAGCAGCCUUGUGGUGUGGACAUCCUGACUUUGGGGGCAAAGCCAGUUUCUCACUGGGCUAAGACUGCUGCUACUGCAACUAAUUGCAAGAAAGCAUUCAAGGGAGUUUCCAAAAAUAUCAUGAAGGUGCUCAAUUUGCUGCCGGGACUGAAAGAGCCAUGAAAAUGGCCUUUGUGGGGGGCUUUCCAAAAUGUCUUAAAAUAUAUUAAAAAAAAACUGUGAACCCCUUCUAGAGUUUGGCCCACACACAGGCUUUUGGGGGAGCCCUGUCAGCCGCAGGCUGGGGCGGUGGGGUUGAAGUCUUUUCUGUUGUCCAUUCUAUCACCAAUAUAAUUCCGUGAGAGUGGGAGGGGGCAUGACGGUACACGGGAAGGUCAAAAGACAUCCUUGUACUCCAAGUCCAUAUAAAUAAUGUAAGGUUCCUCAUUUGGGCUCCCCCUUGGUCUAUCAGCCGAGGGCUUCUGGGGAGCCCAUCACUCUUGAGGGAGCCAGGCUGUCCUUAGCUCCCCGGUAACGCGAACCCUGGUUACAUCCAAGAGUCAGAAAAUGCAGGAAAUGUGACAAAAGUUUGAGAAGGGUUUGUGGCCUGCAAAGUAAACAAAUGAUUUAUUGGAUUGAAAAAGAGAAUCUGAAAUCAUUAGUGCUCUAAACCUGUUAAUGAAAGGUGGUAAAUUAACAUUUUUUGGGUGGGGCUACAUUUUUUACUUGUUUGGCUCUCCAUUAGCUGUCAAAAACCUGACAGCAACUCUUUCUGGGGUGUUCCUUAUAAUUCAUUUAAAAUCACAAUACAUAUAUAAAGUUGCUCUCAAAAAUCUAGUUCAUUAUUAUACUAUUCUUACUGCAAAAAGAACAAUACCAACAUGACAAAUAUAAACUAUCUCAAGACCUGGUUUUAAAUCUAUUGUGUUUAUAUUGUGAUUUUUGCAUUUCAAGACUUCUUAGCACAAUUUGUCCCUCGUCCUCCACCACCUCUAAACCCACGUUUCCUGUCAUUUCCGUUCACGAAUAAAACACUUGCUGUGCAUCUUUUCACUCCUCCAGUCGGGGAAAGAAGCAUUCGUAUUUUCAGAGUUUUUCCGCGAAGCUUUCCUUAAACUGCUCCUUGUCUGCUUUUAGAUUUCUUCUGCUCUCUUUUUUUAAUACAUUUUUAAGGGGGCAAAUGUAGUGCUGUUGACAAACUUAAAGGAUCCUGGCCUAUCACAAGCUUGCUCUCUGUCUCGUUUGACGAUGUUUAGAAAAGUGGAUUUGACUAUUUCUGUGUCUGCAUGCUUGCUGGACAGCCCUCACAACGUUGGCUAAUGGCGGUCUGUGUACAGAUGCAGAUGGAGAAGUUAAAAUGAGGCUAAAAAACAUGCACAGCAUUUACAUGAAUGUUGAAAUAUCACGAUUUAUUGUGAUGUACACCAAGUGUCAUGAAAACUAUUUCAGUUUGAUUAUGUAAUAAAUUUGAGACGAUUCAGAAGGUGAUGAUUUGCAAACAAAUUAAACAUAAUUUGCAGGAGUGCACACAUCUUUUUCAGUAGAGUUCCUCAAAAUGAUUGGAGUUUGGUCCUCACCUCAUGUUGUACUGUGGCCAAUGCAAAAGUUAGACGUUUGUGGGAAAUCCAGGGGCAGAAACAGAGCCUGUAAUGAGCGUGUACGUUUUCUGCCACUUUGACUGUGUGGAGCAGUCAGGGAAACGCAUACCAAUUAGGAAAGUCAUGCAGAUGUAACUGGUAUGCCAAACAGUGUAGUAUAAAGAAAAACUUACCCACACAAUAUUUUUGUCACACAUGCAUUUCAUUUACAUGAGUUUUCUCUUUGGCAGCUGUAUUUGUCCUACGCUGCAUAUAUUUCUGUUCUCUAGAGCAGCCAGGCACAAACGCACACACUCCACAGAGCUUCUACACGUGAUGUAGUAUGCAAUCAAGAUUUUCUAGAACCUGUACCGGCACAAAAAUACCUAAAGGCUGUAAUUAAAAAUGUAUAAACGAUUAAGUGUUGCUUCAGAAUGUUUUAGCUAAAUUGUAUCCUGGGUGCAACAUUUGCCUUCCUGAUAAUUAUGACACUUUAUAAAUGAACACUUCACUCAAAAACAUUCUUUGAAAUUAACUCUCAAAAUCAAUUGUUACUUCCAAGUAAACAUAUUAGUGUGCUGGAUUAUUUUUUUAAAUCUCACUCCAAUUGAAUUUAUGAACAUCACUGCCCACUCCCAUUCCUCUUUCUAGUCCACUUGCUGUCACAGUAUGUUAUGUACAUCCAAACCUACCCACUCCCUCCUCUCCACAUGUAGGCCAAUUAAAAUAAAGCCCUGUUCAAUUAGUCUAGCUGACCAAAGCCCACCUUUGCUGCUUGUGACUAUCUUUAAGUUCUUUCAUAUCUUAUUUUCUUUCUUUAGCUUUUGUUAGCUGCCUCAGUUUCUCCCUCCAUCUUCUAUAGAAUGCAGGAAGUUUUUCCUGGCUGCUCGCUUCUAUCCAAUGCAACCUCAAAACCACCUGCUCCCACAAGAUUUCCCUGGGUCCAGUGGGCUCUUUGAAGUGUCGUAUUAAACAGGUGGCAUGCACUUUUGUCCCCAGGGCACACCAAUAAGUCGAAUAUCCCUAAUUUGUGAACAAAGCGGUCCCAAUAUUCCUCUGAUCAGACCAGAGCUCUCCUAACACAACCCACACUGCAGGAUUUUCUGAUAAGAUUAUCUUUGGACAUUAAGGCUCAUCUUUAAGAUACUCAGAAAAUGAAAGAAUUAAAAGGUGGGUUAAAACUGGGGUCAAAACUUGUCUUCAUGUUCUUGUCAUGUGAGCCUGGCCUAACAUGGAGCUUCUGAGGUUGAUAUCUGAUAUGUUUUGUUUUCAUUGCAUUGCUUUGUUCACCUUCAGGUGGACAAAAGAUCCAUGAAGGUUGCAAACCUUUUAUAACAGUUUUGAGUGUUGAUGGAAACACGACUGUUUGAUCUAAACAAUUCCCCACCCCUUUAGACGUACACACAUUCUAUAAAACAACUUGUACUUAAAAGCACUGCUGGUGCUAAUAGAGCCGUCCGCUUUCUGUUAGCAAGGUAGUUAAACAAGUGAUCUUAAUUCCUUUACUGUGAUUUGAUUUCGAACUUUGAUGCUUUGUAUUUUUAUUGCUCUGUGUGUUUCUGUAUUAGCCGUCCUGCAAGGUAAAUUGUAGACUAUUUGUUACUUUACCUCUUAGUUUACUCAAGCUGAACAUUUGGUGCUGGUGGGGAUUUUGCAGGUCUGUCUGUGGGAAGUGACUGAAAAUGUAUUUGCAAUGAUCACGUCAAGACGUGGGUGUUAAAAUGGGGACCACGUUACGAGGCGAGAUGUGAUACUCCCUCUGCGUUCGCUGAGUACAUAGAUGUGGGUCUAGCUGCUGCUCUGUGUGGGUGAGUGUGGAUAUUAAUGUACGAAUGUGUUAUAAAACGAAAAGCAGCAUUAGGACAAAAAAGAUGCAAAUCAAUAUGUUACACAGGAGGGAAAAGUUUUACGUCAACUCAAACAAUAAAUGUUAUUUCAAUUUCUGA